AUGUCCAAGGCCGUGAAGGCUGCUGCCACACGAAUCCGUGUAGUCAUCAAUGCCGGCCAAGCCAAGCCAGCCCCCCCUGUGGGUCCGGCCCUCGGCCAGGCAGGCCUGAAGAUCAUGGACUUUUGCAAGGACUUUAAUGCGAAGACCGCCGACAUCAAGCCUGACGUCCCUAUUCCCGUCGUCAUCUUCCCGACUCCCGACAAGAAGUUCACAUACGUCAUGAAGACGCCGCCAGCCUCCUACUUCAUCAAGAAGGCAGCUGGAUUGGAGUCGGGGAGCCAGAAGCCCGGGCACGAUGUGGCAGGCACGAUCUCGCUGAAGCACAUCUACGAGAUCGCACUGGCAAAGCAGGCCGAUGUGCCGCACAUCCCUCUCAAGUCUGUCUGCAAGUCCCUGGUCGGCACCUGCAGGGCCAUGGGCGUGGCCGUCGUGGCGAGGCCAGAGGAGGCAUGA